GUGAAAAUACUGUUGAACAAGAGAAAGAAGACAGUGAAGUUGGCUACAAUCUCCAGCUUCGAGGGAGGCAAAGGACUGAGAGGGUGCGAGAGACCACCAGCUUUUUAGUCCAACAAUGUUGAUGUUCAUGCAGAAAAACGCUUUUAAAGCUUCUGCUUCUUCUUCUAUUUGGGUCCUUCAACAACAUAUGGAGAUGGGUUUUUAUCUUUUUCUUCCUGAUUUCCCUUCUUUCUUAUAUCACCACAUCACCACUUCUACUUGUACAAAGAAACCUUCCUUGCCUCAAAACAAUGGUGGGUUUCUUAGUAAUAAUAGCAUUAGUAUUGAUGAUGCCUUGGCUUCAUUCUAUCGCAUGCUUCGCAUGAAUCCUAGGCCUUCUAUUGUGGAAUUUGGUAGAUUCUUAGGGUCAUUUGCCAAAAAGAAACAGUAUUCCACUGUUGUCUCUUUGUGCAAUCAAAUGGAUUUGUUUGGAGUUACCCACAAUGUUUAUUCUCUAAAUAUAUUGAUUAACUGCCUUUGUCGCUUGAACCAUGUUGUUUUUGCUAUCUCUGUUUUGGGUAAGAUGUUCAAACUGGGUAUUCAACCGGAUGCUAUCACAUUCAAUACCCUUAUUAAUGGGCGCUGCAUUGAGGGGGAGAUUAAAGAAGCAGUAGGAAUGUUUAAUGAGAUGGUACGUAGAGGACAUCAGCCUGAUGUAAUUAGCUAUAGUACUGUGAUCAAUGGUUUGUGCAAAAGUGGCAACACAAGUAUGGCACUUCAAUUGCUCAGGAAGAUGGAAGAAAAGGGCUGUAAGCCGAACUUGGUUGCGUAUACUACAAUCAUAGACAGCCUUUGCAAAGAUACGCUAGUUAAUGACGCCAUGGACUUAUUAUCUGAAAUGGUGGACCGGGGCAUUCCACCAGAUGUUGUUACUUACAGCACGAUUCUUCACGGUUUCUGCAGUUUAGGACAUUUGAAUGAAGCAACCAUAUUGUUCAAUGAAAUGGUUGGUAGGAAUGUUAUGCCAAAUACAGUGACCUUCACCAUUUUGGUUGAUGGACUCUGCAAAGAAGGGAUGGUUUCAGAAGCUCGGUGUGUCUUUGAAGCGAUGACCAAAAAAGGCGCUGAGCCAAAUGCUUACACCUACAAUGCCUUGAUGGAUGGAUAUUGUUUAAAUAACCAAAUGGAUGAGGCCCAAAAGGUGCUCGACAUCAUGGUUGGCAAGGGUUGUGCACCUGGUGUACAUAGUUACAACAUCUUGAUCAAUGGAUAUUGCAAGAGAAGAAGGCUGGAUGAGGCAAAAUCACUCCUUGUUGACAUGUCUGAAAAAGAAUUGACUCCUGAUACUGUCACUUACAGCACUCUUAUGCAAGGUCUGUGCCAAGUAGGGAGACCUCAGGAAGCUCUAAAUCUUUUUAAGGAGACGUGUUCUUCUGGCCUUCUUCCAGAUUUGAUGACUUACUCAACUUUGUUAGAUGGCUUGUGCAAACAUGGACAUUUGGAUGAGGCAUUAAAGCUGCUCAAGUCAAUGCAAGAGAGCAAAAUAGAACCUGAUAUAGUCCUUUAUAAUAUUCUCAUUGAGGGCAUGUUUAUUGCUGGGAAGCUUGAAGUUGCAAAGGAACUAUUUUCCAAGCUGUUUGCAGAUGGAAUACAACCUACUAUACGGACAUACACUAUCAUGAUCAAGGGACUGCUUAAAGAAGGGCUGUCAGAUGAAGCAUACGAAUUGUUUAGAAAAAUGGAAGAUGAUGGCUUCUUGCCAAACAGUUGCUCUUAUAAUGUUAUCAUUCAAGGAUUUCUUCAAAAUCAAGACUCAUCAACUGCUAUACGACUUAUUGAUGAAGUGAUUGGUAAACGAUUCUCGGCAGAUUCGUCUACAUUUCAGAUGUUAUUGGAUCUGGAAUCUCAUGAUGAAAUCAUAAGCCGGUUUAUGCGUGGAAGCUCUCAAGGUAGAAAAAUGAAGUGAAAUUUUCCUAUUCAAGUGCUGUCGUAGGUUGCUGUCCCUCUUGGUCCUGAAUUUCCAAGAAAAUACAUUGAAAAGAGUGAACUGGACGUUUGAACAUUAUUCCUGUUCACCAUGAACACUUCUCCUUGAUGAGGUUUGCUGCUCAUUCUCCCUUGACGUAAAUCAACCGACACUAUAUUAUCACAAUUCAAGUUCGUAAUCAUAACAGUGGUAAUUGACGCAUGUUUGCUGCUCACGUUGUCACAAUCACCACACGCAUGAUUCAUAUCCAUACACAAUCAUGUCGACACAGUGAUGUAUAUCAAUUACCUCUGUGAUUUUCAUAAUUCAAAUGCAUAAUAUCCCUUGAUGCAGACUGCUCUUUGAUGAGGUUUGCUGCUCUUUCGCCCCUGAAGUAUAUGAAUAAAUAUUGACGCAUGCUCGCUUAUAGACGCACUUUGUCAUUUUCACUGUUCAAAUGCAUUCAGUUCUAUCCGAAAGACUGAAAGCCCUCGAUUCUAUAACACUGAAGUCUCAUUCUUGUAUGAAGAAGCUCUCAAGUAUUAAUUUGUGAAAUUUAUCUCAACAUAAAUUUGCUUGGCAGGUGGAAAAGGAGCAAGUGACUGUUUUUGAGGCCGCAAGUGAACUUUAUCGAUGAGCAAGCUUGGUGGCCUUCUACAUAUUUUUAGAUAUGGGCUGAGGAACCUAAUGUGUUCGAUUAUUUUGCAUAUAUAAUUCAGAUUAUUUUUUAAAAAAGAAUAGUUAAUGUUAAUUAAAAAUUAUAGCGAGAA